AUGCGGCGCCAACUCCAAUCAGCGCUGCUAUUAGGCCUCUCGGCGCUAGCGGCAGCCAUCUUCCAAGAUGAAGUCGGUCACAUUGACUUCCAUCACUCCCUAGUCGGCGUUCCACAGCGCGAAGCGACCUUCUACCACCGACCGAAGCUCGGCACCAAGGCCAGCCUUCUCUACACACUGAGCGAUCUGGGCGUCGUGGGCGCCAUCAAUCCGGCCAGCGGAGAGACGGUAUGGCGCCAUCAGCUCUCCGACGACGUCUCCAGCAGCGCCGGACACCUUCGAGCUCCUGCUGAUGAGGAGUGGGUAGCUACCGCCCAGGGUCCCCGCGUCCAAGCGUGGAACGGCCUCACCGGCCGCAACGUGUGGGAGGCUGAAUUCAAGGGAGAGGCGAGGGAUGUCGAGGUCAUUGAAGUGACGGAAACAUCAAGGAAGGAUGUUGUUGUCCUCUUCGACGAAGAUGGCACUACAGUCCUGCGACGUCUCCACGGCGGCCUGGGCACCGUCAUGUGGGAGUUUCGCGAAACGACCAAGGACAUCCCACUCCAAGUUUCCACCGAUAUCGCGAGCAUAUACAUUGUCAGUCUGCACGGGUCUCCCUCCUCCUACAGCGUCAAGACCACCGAAGUGGACCCCAGCAAUGGAAAGCGCGUGGAUCAAUGGACUGUCGGCAGCAAGGGUGAUGUUGCGACGGCUGAGGACGUCAUGUUUGUGGGUGGCAACUCUGCUGCACCGAUUAUUGCGUGGAGGAGAAACGAUAAGCUCAGCAUCCAGAUCCUCGGCACCAAGACUAAGCAUGAUAUUGUGCUGGCGUCCGACGUCGAGUUUGUCGAUAUCCAGGCGCCUUAUCUCAAGGAGUCACAAGCUCGCUUUCUAGUACAUACCGCCUCCAAGUCCGGAAACCGCGCCGAGGUCUUUAGCAUUGAUAUCAAGAAUGCUCAGAUCAAAAAGACACACGAGCUGCCCCAUCUCCAAGGUCGCGGCUCCUUCUCCACAAGCUGCGAAGGGGCCAACGUCUACUUUACGAGAAUUACCGAUGACGAAAUUCAAGUGCUCUCAUCUGAAUCACACGAGGGCGUUGCGCGAUGGAAAACCAAGCUCGACGGUGCUGUAAAGCCCAUUCACUCCGUAUCCGAAGUCAUCUACAAGUCGGAUAACGAUUAUGCCGUGCGCACUGCCAUUCUCACCGAGGACCACGACUGGAUCCAGAUCCGCAACGGCGAAAAGGAUUGGGUUCGUCAUGAAGGGCUGAGUGGUAGCGUCGCUGCAGUCUGGGCCGAGAUUCCUGAGCAGGAAAACCUCGCCAGGGUUCUCGCCGGAGAGGUGGAUACCAACCCCCUCCGCGCCUAUGUCCACCGUGUUUUGCGCCACAUUGACGACCUCCAAUAUCUUCCGGGCUACCUGGCCUCUAUCCCUGGCAAAAUCCUUGCUAGUAUUGCCGGCGAUGAGCCCGCGUCCAACACUGGCGGUCUUUACUCGGACAUGUUUGGCUUCAACAAGAUUGUCGUACUGGUCACUCGUCGUGGCCGCUUCUACGGCCUGGAUACGGGCAACAAGGGCGCCGUCCUUUGGACUCGCAAUGUUUUGCCACAAGCCGCUGGCGAAUCACUUUCUGUCAAAGGCUUCGCUGUGACUGAGGACAGUGGCGUCGUUGCUUUGCGUGGAUCGCGUGGCGAAUCCGUUCUGAUUAGAGCCACUGAUGGCCACGUUGACGAGGCCAAGGCGGCUUACUCUACCACGCCAGUCAUCUCCAGCACCGCUGUUGUCGACGGCGAGGUAUCUGCUUGGCUCCUUGCGUUUGGUCCUGACGGCAGUCCCAUUGACGAGACUCUGGGUGGCCAGCUCGCUGACCAGACAUUUGUUGUCCGCGGCGAGGGCGAAUCCGUCAAGGGAAUUAAAAUCGUGGCGGAUGGAAAGAAGAUCAAGAAGCAGGAUAUCUGGGAGAUCAAGGCUGCUGAUAACCAACGAAUUGUGGACAUUGCCACACUACCCGCUCACGACCCCAUUGCGUCCAUCGGUCGCGUUCUUGGUGACAGACAGGUUCAGUACAAAUACCUGAACCCCAACACCGCCGUCAUCGCCUCCAUCAACGACAAGACAUCUGUCAUGUCCAUCAAGCUCAUUGACACCAUCUCGGGCCAGGUUCUCACCGCCGAGACCUACGAAGGCGUCGAUGCCGGCAAAUCUGUCUCAUGCACCAUGUCAGAGAACUGGUUCGCCUGUUCCUUCUUUGGGCAGUACGCGCUCAAUGACGAUUCGGAUCGCUCUAUCCAGGGCUACCAAAUCGUCGUGUCCGAUUUGUACGAGUCGGCGACGCCCAACGACCGCGGCCCGCUCGGUGACAACGCCCAGUUCUCCUCUCUCAAGCCAAUUGAGAACCCACUCGGCGUCGCGCUGCCCUUUGUCGCCUCUCAGAGCUGGGUCGUCUCUCAGCCCCUCACCAAGCUCACCGUCACGCAGACGCGCCAGGGCAUUGCCAACCGCAACAUUGUUGCCUAUCUGCCGGAGUCACACGCCGUCGUCGCCCUGCCGCGCGUGCUCCUCGACCCCCGGCGCCCCAUUGGCCGCGAUCCCACGGCCAACGAGAUUGAGGCCGAGGGUCUGCCUAGGUACAUGCCCGCCAUUGAAAUUGAUACGCGCAGCAUUCUCUCUCAUGAUUGGGACAUUCUUGGCGUGGAGGGCUUCACUACGUCCCCCGCCGUGGUGGAAAGCACGAGUCUGCUCGUGGCGUAUGGCAUCGACGUCUAUGGCACGCGUGUUGUGCCUAGCGGUCUCUUUGACCUCCUUGGCAAGGGCUUCAACAAGCUGGCCCUCAUCUCAACCGUUUUGGCGCUCACUGGCGGCGUCUUAUUCGUGGCCCCCAUGGUCCGCCGCAACCAGAUCAACCGUAGAUGGGAGGCAUUCAUCUAA